UUCAGAGUUCACGAGUGUCUGUCUACCACAACAGAUCGACACGUGUAGACAGGAAAACUCUGGUCAGGCUCCAGCUAUGACUGCCAUAUACUCGGGUAUAUACUCGAAACUUAAGAACCCCCGAACUCCCUGGGAGGACAAACUGAAGCUUGCCCGCUUCGCAUGGAUCUCGAAUCAAUGUGUAUUGCCUAACAAGGAACAGGUGCUUUUUGAUUGGACGAGUCAUGCGCUGACAUGCUACUACAACAAGAAGGCAGAGCUGCCACAGGAAGUAGUGGAGGGCCUGUGGACCUACCUGGACAACAUUCUGCACAGCAAGAGGCUACAACAUGUCCUAAGUCAAGGGAAAACUGUCAGCAUUCGUCAGCCAUUAGCACAAGUUAUUAUUGACCGUAUCCAGGAGUUUACCUCUGGUGUGUCUACAGGGCUUUCCCCUGUGGCUGUGUCCACUGUGCUGAGCUGCUGCCAGAGCAUUCUAUCCUCCACAGUCCUUGCUGCCACCUUCACCACCAAGUAUGAGUUGUUGGUGGAUCUGCUGGCCAAGCACUGCUUCCUGGCCUCUUCCAAGCUCCACCAACCAGCAGCAGAGCCCCCGAUGGCCCAGGAUCAACCAAUGACAGAUUCCCCGGUCCCCCAGCCUCAGCCAAUCGCAGAGCAACUGGCUCCUCAGAUGUUUGAAGUCCUUUUCCAGGUGUUAAGCAGCUACCUGGUGGUCCAGAAGCAGCAAGGCAAUCCCACCCGUGUCUUCUCCCAUGUGUCAUCCCACCUUCUGCAGCCUCUCCUCCUCCUCCGCCACUUGUUGACCUCGCGAGCCUGGACUCCCCAGGAUGACCCCCGAUUGCGGCAACAGCUGAGCAGGGACAUCCGGAUCAAGAUAGAUGCCAUCUUGCAAUCUGCCCUCUUCCCGCCUGAACAUCUUCCAGCCUAUCGGGAAGAGCUAACCCCAGCCAAAAAAGGUACUAGGACGGUCGGUAAAAAAGGACCAGCAGGGAAGGGCGUUCUCUCACCGGUCAGCUCCAUCCUCACCAAACUGUGUGCCGAGGGGUAUUGUGAUCCGGACCUCCACUACAUUGUCAAAUCCAGCUCCCUUCCCCUGCUCUUCAAGUUCUCUCUGGACGCCUAUUGCAAAGGUGGAAAUGAGAAGAUGCUCUGCUUCCUUGUGCUGACCCGUCUGGUCACAGGACUAGAUUUUGACCUCUCAGACCAGCUGACUGUCAGUGAGGUGUUCCAGCCUGACAACUGGAGUCUGGCCAUGCUGGCAUUGGAGAGUCUACUCAACCUGUGUCAGUCUGGAGACAUCUACAAUGUAGCCUCAGACAGGAUCCAACAUGGAGAAGCCCAGUUUACCUUCUACAGGAAGGUGGUUGAGCUGUUGUUAAACCAGCCCCAACCCGGGAUUGCAGCCUGGUAUCGCUGCCUCAAGGCUAUACUAAAUCUAAACCACCUUAUCCUAGAACCAGACUUGGAUGAGCUGCUAUCCAUUGCCUGGGUGGACUCCGAAUCCCUUGAUUCCCGAGUAAGGAAGGCCCGAGAGUCCCUGGUCUCCGCCGUCUUCCAGAUCUAUACCAAGCUUCGCCAGCUACCCCGGCUGUUCCAGGAGCUGCUGAAUGUCCUGUGCCGCCCUGCAGUCGACCACCUCCGGCUUCCUCUCCUAUCCAGAGCAACACAUCAAGCCCUUGCUGCCUGUCUGCUGGACACUCCUGUGAGCCAGAGCUUGGAGGUUUGCAGCCAGAUCCUGGAGAGCAUUCAGACCUUCAUCAUCCCAGACUUGGAGGAAAAUGAAGACAUGGCGCUGAAACUCUUCUCUCUUAGCGGGUUGCUGUUCUCUGUCUUGUUCAGUGUGAAGACAUUAGACAGCAGCAGUCCUAUGCUGGCGGUCAGACAGACCCAGUCUGUGAUGGAGGAGAUGCUCCAGGUUGUAAAUGCCAUUUUAGAACAAGUCCCAGAGCACACAGCAAGGGAGCUGUGGGUUGAGAAAACCCAGGAGGCAGGCCUUCUCCUCAGGUACACCUGGAUGGAGACGAACACUCUCUUCCAGAUUCACUGUAGUAAGUACACAUCUUCGGGUUCAGAACCAGACCCAGACCUCUCCGGCCCAUUAGACUCCAUAUUGAGUCUUCUUUCAGAUGUGAUAGUGACAAACAGUGGCCGGUUCUCCCUGUCAGACCAGAAUCACACCCCUAUGAGCCGUAUCCUACUGAAACUGCUUACUAUCCAGCAUAUGAAGAAAGUCCUCUCAUUGAACGAGCUCCUGGCCCAGUCCAGCACGUCUGAGAUCCUCUGCAAAGCCACCCAGUCCAUAAUCGGGAAAGAGGACAAGCAGCUGCCAGAGUCUAACAAGCCACUCUGGGAUGGCCAGAUCACCAGUGUAGAUGCCAGCAGCUACCCUGUUGCAAACUGCUACUUGGUGACCUCUAACCUGCCUCUCCUCGCUCCUUACAUCUCUGAGGGUGAUGUGAGUCAUUUGGCCUGUGUUCUUCUCAGCUCUCUGCUUGACACACAAGCAGGCGACACAGCAGAGAAGCACAUCUCAAUCCCUUUCAUCUCCAGACAGCUGCUAGAGAGCCCCCUAUUGGUGGAGACACCUACGCUCUGUUCCGCCCUUGUCAGGUCACUCACACAAAGAAUUGUUAGAGUCCUCGGAGCGUCCGACACCGCAUCUGUCUGUCCACCACUGAAGACGUUCUGUGAAGUAUCUGGUGCAGUUACUGGAAACACAGAAAAUGUAUCUGUCACUCAAGUGAAAGGAGAUGCCAUGGAUGAAUGCUCUGCUCCUCAGAAGAGACUUGAGGCUGUCGCCCAGGAGUUACUGUGUCCCAAUAAGGACGAUGCUUCUGUGUCUCUGUCUGAAACCCUCACAGCAGAACUUCUCAGUAUACUUCAGAUUGUUCGAACUCUAAACCCAGAUGGGAUGUCCUCUGAAGACUUCUCAGAGCUGUUCCUGCUGCUCUUCCUCAAAGUGAAGCAAGUGCAGCCUUGCUGUGAUGUCAACCCUGCUUCCAUAGUACAGUUGCUGGGAGAGCUUCUCAGUCUAAUGGGAACUCUGUUGGCGGGAAGGAACUCCCAUUGUGUUCUGAAGAUCAUCCACGGAAGCAGCCUACUAGAAGCAACCAUGACUGCUUUGUUCUCCCAUAGCAACCAAGGCCUGUUUCUGACCCUGGACAGCUCUGAUUGGCUGGCCUUCCUCAGGUCCCUGCAAGACUUCAUACAAUCUCUGAUCCAUCUGAUCAUCCACAGGAAGAGCAGCGUCCGUCUCAACCUGGAGAAGUUCACCACCUUUAUGUUGGACAGUGAGGUGGCAGUGAGGUCGGCAUCAGUCGUUCCUGCUCAGUCUGAUACUAAGGGCCUGUUUUCCUCUCACCUGCUGCUGGCCUGCUUGACCUCGAUGGGCCAGGCAAUGACCUCUGCAAUGGGGAAGAGCAAACCACUGGACGAGACUUUAGGCCAGCUACUGGAGAGGAUCAACGCGGUGCUGGGUCCCGCUGUCCAAAUAAGCCUGCAGGCCCAAACAGGCAGUCUGUUGCGCCAGGCCUUCUUUGUGGACGUGGUGACUGGAAUGGUCCGCAGCCAGCUGGCCACCAGCCCACAGGAGAGCAAUAAAGAGGUCAGCCUCAGUCACAUGCCCAUGUACAGCAGCUUCUGCCAGCAGAUCCUCCGAGAGCUUUGUCCUGCCCCUCGCCCGAUGGACUUCCUGGUCUCAUCGCUCCAGUUCCUGGGGCAGUAUUACUGUGCAAUGGAGAGGUGGAAAUCAGCCGAACUGGAUGAGCUAUUUGUUCAGGUUCUACAGAAAGUCGUCAAACUCCUGGGAGCCUCAUGGCUGCCUGUUUGUGAGGUGGCAGAGUUGGAUGAGCCAGUGGAGGAGCUACUACACCACCUGCUGGCCAGGAGUACACCAGAACGCUUCCAUCUGCUCCUGCUGCUGCUCAAAGAUGGGCUGGACACAGCCCAGAUCCGUGCAGGUGCACACAGGGAGGUGCUGUCAGCAGUCAUCCUCACGAGGCUCCUGAGUGGCUGCCAGCUCCCUGAGGCCUGCUGUAAGGCUCUGUGGCUCCUAACCCCGCAGCUCAUCUCCACCCUGGUGUUUAUAGUUCAGGAGUCCAGAAAGGAUGUGGCAUUGACCUCUGACCUCACCGUGCCGGUAUUGACCACCCUAACCGCCUUGCUACGUCGGGGAGAGGGGUCCCUCUCCAACCCCCAUCAUGUGACCAUAGUACUGGGUGCCAUCGAAUUUGUCCCCCUGAACCAGCUGCCCCUGCCAGUGUACCAUGAUGUCUUCCAUGCCAUCCAUGAGACACUGUUCGCUAUUAUUCAGUGCCACCCUCAGGUGAUGCUGAAGGCAGCUCCCAUCUUCCUGAAUGCAUUCUAUCGUCUGGUGGCAUCCAUCAUAAAAGAAGGCAGGCAGAAGGGAGAGUCAGACCGAGGUGGCGGGGGGGAUGGGGAGGAGCUGUUGCGGUGUGCCAGGCUGGUGGAGAGGAUGUACUCUCACGUCGCUACCACUGCAGAAGGCUUCACCCUCCUGUCCUCCUUCAUUGUAGCUCAGUAUGUCACCGAGCUGCAGAAGGUGACCCUGAGGCCUGACAUAAAGAGCCAUCUGACGGAGGGUGUGUAUCGAAUCCUGGAUAUGUGUGUGGAGAGGGACGUCAAGUUCCUGUCAUCCUCCUUGCAGAUGGGCGUCCGAGAGGUGUUCAAUGACCUCUACAGCAGCUACACACACUACCACAAGACCCAGAGGCAGGGGGAGGAGAAGUACACUGCCUGAACUGUGUCCUCUCGUCACACUGUCUGAAGUCACUGUACCCACCCACCACCCACCUCAGUUCCUUGACCUAAAUCUGGUUUUCAAUCCAGAACCACAGUUUGUGUGAAUUGAAUAUUUUAUAUUCUGUAAAAUAUAUAAGUAAUAAUUUGAUAUAAACUGAUUUAUAAUAAAACAUGGUUUGUAUGUUUUUGCAUAUAUUGCAUUUUAUAUAGAUCUUAUGCAGAAUCAGAAUUCUUUGUAGAACUAAGGCUUUCCGCUUCCAGCAAAUAGCUGAGCAUCACAUCGCAGUUGUUAAUAAAUGGUGGUCUGGAGCUGCAUACCACACACAAUGUACAGGAAUGUCUCAUUAGCAAAGCUUUACAUUAGAUCCGUAUUAAAAUGGCCAGUUGCAUAUUUAGUCAUUGCCAAACACUACAAGACAGGACCAGAUGUUUUAUAACUGCCAUGAGAGGACUAGAAAACACUGACAUGAGAAAAAUGUUUUGUGUUCAUUUAUGAUAAUUGAGUGUGAAAGCCCUGCUAUCACCACUCCAUUAUGUGACACUGCUGGACAUGCAUUAUAAUGUUAUAGUUUCCAUUUUCUUGAGAUGUACAGUAUAACCAAGCAAGCUCAUGUCCUUUUAAUUUAAUUGGUUGUCUCUAUUAGUUAAAUCUGUGCACUGUUGUUCCGGUAAUUUCUUUUAUGCUCCCAAACUAGAUAUUUGAACCCUUUGAAGUGUGUAUGACACCUUGGUGGUUUAAUGACUUCAGUUUCCUGCAGCUGGCUCAAACUCCCAUAAGAGGUUCAGCAGGAAUUUCAGAGUAUUACCCUUUUAAUUUUACAUAUAGCUGUAAAUUGACCUUAAUAAAGUAAUUACAGCUCCAUCAA